UCAUUGUCUGUUUCGGUACCACGCCAUCCGCGUACUGUGUACUUACACUUGAUUCCCUCCAUAUCUAUAUACCUUUCUAUUCUCUACGAUGAGUUUCCAAGACAUAGAGUCAGGCAUGGCACUUCGCUCGCAAUCACCGGCAGGUAUUGCGCCCCAAUCACAAGAAGAGGCUGCCUUCCUGCAGCUCCAAUCCUCACUGUCACUUCAAGUCUUCAAGAUCAAUUCCAAUGUACAGGGAAUCUUGAAGUUGGUGGAUCAACUGGGGACGAGCAGGGACUCCGCGAAUUUGAGAAAGUCGCUUCAUGACUUGACAGAGACGACCCGAGCGAUGGCAAAACGCGGUUCCGAUGACUUGAAGAAGCUAGCAGCCCUUCAAGCAACAUUGCCGCGCCAUAAGACAUCACUUCAGAAGACGUCGCAUGACUUCCAACUCUCACUGGUUGCCUUUCAACGCGCUCAACAGGUAAGCGCUGAGAGGCAACGAACUGUUGUAGAGGGCGUGAAGAUCGCAGUAGAAGAGGAACAAGCACCGGAGGAGCGGCCGUCAAGUCCAACGCCGUCGCAACGACAGGCACAGAUUUUACAGACACAGCUGUCGCCUCAAGAGCUUGCAUACCAGGAAUCUCUUAUCCAAGAACGGGAAGAGGAAAUCCGGGAAAUUGAGACUGGCAUUCACGAGCUGUCGGAAAUUUUCCGCGAUUUGGGGACACUAGUGCAGGAGCAGGGAGGAAUGCUGGACAAUAUCGAGUCCAACAUCUCAUCAAUAGCGGUUGACACUGCCGGUGCUGCCGAAGAGCUUACCACUGCCCACGAAUAUCAGCGAAAGGCAGGACGAAGAGCGUUGUGUCUGAUGGUCGUUCUUGUGAUCGUCAUUGCGGUAGUCCUCUUGGCAAUUCUGUCAUGAACCCUGAGCGCCGCAACUGGGGUUCCUUGGGUCUGGACAGUAUAUUUGGCAUGGUUACUCUGAAGAAGGCCGGACUGUGUGUACAUUAUGUGUAUGUUUAUGGUAUUUACGCUAUGCAAUCUAUCGGACUCAUGAAUGGCC